CUGAAAUGAAGCUCAGAUGGGCGCGAGCGUCUUUGAGAUGUGGUGCGCACAUUGUCUCGUCGCGUCGGUGAGUUGUACGGAGUGAUGUUUUCGUCGGUGAUUUUGUGCGUCAUCCUCUGAAAGUGUCAAGUGCGUGUGUGUGUGCUUCUGGUGUGUUGUCAGUGACGCGGACGUCGGAUCGUCAGCGAUGGAAGCAUUCAACGACUUGCAGCGAAACUGGGCCAAGCGUUUUCCGCACUCAAAACUUUCGCUGAUAUGGGAAGAGGACGUACGCACCCUGCUCUCGACUCAUCGGCAACGCGUGGCGCAGUUGAGGGAGGAGCUCGAGCAGGAGGAGUUCCUCGUGCAGUACUUCGAGCGGUACCUGUCCGAUGCCAAGCGAUCCACGUCCCGAGACAAGGCGAACAACAACAGCCACAACUUCGCCGACACAAACGCCGGUCUCGAAAAUGGCGACAGCGCGAGCCGCAACCGCAACAGCAACGGCGUCGACGGAACAUGUUCCAACGGACUGUCGGACGCUUGCGCGACGUCAUCGCCAGGUGACAAGCCGCCGGACUCGAACUACGGUAAAGUUCGGUCAGCACAAAGUGAACUCGCAGCGUCCCAAAACAAAGCGGCGCCGCAGCCGCCCACGAACGGAGACACGGACGAACACGGCAAGCCGUACGUCACCGUGAUCGCCGUGAGCGGAUUCACGCGAUCUGCGGCUUCAAACGCCGAGUCGGUUUCUUCGACUCCAAAGACCGAUUCCGCGUCUUUCGAAGGACUCGACGCUCACGAGCUCUUGCUCCAGGCGCGGCGUCGUCGGAAGCCCCCGACGCCGCCGCCCAAGCGAGCCAAGUGGCCGCCUCCGGCGCAGGUCAACCAGCUCGCCCAAAAGGAGCCUUCCUCGCCGACAUCGGAACCGGUCGCUGCCCCCGCCGUUCAAAACCAACCUUCUCCCGGUACAUGCGAGCCUAAUUCGACAAAGAAUUCAGCGACGGAGCCUCAGCCAGCGUUCAGCACGUUCAAGCCUCCGGCGGGCGCCGGCGGCGCGCUGCCGAAUUUUCCGCCGUCGUACCAGGAGUCCGUCGGCACGCGGGAAGGACUAGGCGAAACGCCCGCAACCAACGACGCCGCGGACGACCAGGACGGCUGCGACGUCAUCUACGAUACGGUCGCCUUCGACGACGAGGGGUCGUCCUCGAAGGGUGCGGAUGACGAAGACCACGACGUCGGAAUAAGUCCCGAGCCGGACUACGUAGAGUUCGGCAAGUUCGAGCGCCGCGGUUCAUCGGGGCCCUUCUUGGACGAGGACCGCCGACCGCCUCUGGUCUCCGGUUCGGCGACCACGACGUCUUCCUCGUCUGCGACCUACGAGAACAUCACGCUGCUCAAGGCGUCCGAGUCGAUGGAUUCUGAGGAAGACGACGGUGCUUCGAUCCUGCGGUCCAUGUCCAGUGACACCGAGCUCGAUCACGACGCCGGUACGGCGACCACAGGUAGCGAUCACAGCGGCGCGGGUUCUGGCGGACGUGCCGAUCGCGGCAAGGCGGAGGAACUGCUCGACGUCGAUUCCGGAGUCUACAGCAGUUCCGUGGAGUCUGCGUCGUUCCUCAGUACAAGUACACCACCGGCCCGCAAGAGGGGACUCAAGGACAGCGAACAAAAUGACUCCCCCCCUGGCAGCUCUCCUUCGGAGUCGGAGAUGCUGGCCAUGUGCAAGUGCAUCGUCAGCAGCAUCAUCGAAAGUGAGACCGCCUACGUGGACUGCCUGGACACCCUCAACCAGUAUGCCAGGGCCUUGUCCAGUGCCAUUGGAACGAACCAGUCAGUCCUCUCCAAGGAGGAGAUUGAGACCAUCUUCUACAAGAUUGAGCAACUCCACGACACACACAAGAACUUCCGAGAUGGGCUGCGUAGGAACUUUGACAAUUGGGACGCCAAGCCGACGAUCGGCGAGAACUUCAAGUUUCUGGCAAGUCGACUCGAGGUGUACAAACUGUUCUUGGAGAACUACUCCAAAGCCAUCGAAACAGUGCGGCGUUGCAAUGCCUCCAACCUCAAGUUCGAAGAACUCUUCAAGAACAUCAAGUUGAACACAUCGAAGGGACAGCCAGCCACACUCGAAGAUCUGCUUCACAAGCCUGUGGCAAGGGUACAGAAGAAUGCUCUGGUACUUCACGACCUGCUUCACUACAUCCCAAGCAGCCACCACGACUACAACAACCUGAGGGCAGCCCUGAAGCUCACACAGCGGUUCUUGAACGAGCUCAAACUCAACUCCACAGAGAGCAUGUUUCCACACCAGGAUAGAGCACCGAGGCAUGUGGUGAAGAACAGCUUCAUUGUGGAGUACUCUGAAGGUCACCGCAAGCUGAGGCAUCUGUUCCUCUUCAAUGAUGUGAUUGUUUGUGCCAAAUACAAGCCUUCAUCAAGGCAAAAGUUCACGUUUGAGGUGAAGUGGUACAUACCCUUGAGCCUUGUGACUCUAAUCGACGCGGAAGGAGAAGCGGAUCCCAUCCGGGAAGACAACAAGGUGAAUGUGUGCCAACUGCGGUCACGGGCCAGCACUCUGCGAGACCUGGUCACCAAAGAGGAGCGAGAAAAUGCGAAACUGUCCAAGCCGCCAGGACGCAACCUCGAGCGAAACAGGAAGAAACUGAGUGAACUGGAAGCCCAGCUGGUGCUGCAUUCUCCGAACCUUGCUUUCAAGAUUGGUCUCAAGAACACCAAGACGUACGCCUUCUUUUUGUCCUCCGAGUUCGAGAGGUCACAGUGGAUCGAGGCCAUCAAUGUGCUGCAGUCAUCAGCACCGCUUACCGUGACAACACCCAGCAUCCUUGAGCUGCAGAGCUGCAUCACUUCAGCUAGAGGGUGCAUGGGAACCAACAUGGGGUCUUUCCUAACUCGAACAGCAAAAGAUGAGGACCUCCUGGUGGGUGACCUGCUGAUCACAGUGCACAAUCUCCAGGGGCUGAACCGCCCAGCAGAUAUUUUCAUCUGCUUCGAGGUGGACUCCUAUGGCCACUUCUUCAAGAAAGCCAGGACAAAAACCUGCCAGAACACUCUAGAGCCAAACUUCAACCAGGAGGUGGUCAUUGACCUGGACGGCUCCCAGACGCUCCGGAUCCUGUGCUACGAGGAGCACACGAGCAACGGCACCACCGCGACCGUACUGCGGGGCAAGGCGGCCUUCGAGAUGAGUCGCUCCUGGCUCACGGACAAGUACCAGGAGAAGUCCUUCAGCCUGCAAGAGUGCACGCUCAACCUCAGCAUCAAGUACAGCUCCUCGGACGUUGGCUUGCAGAGGGUGCCAUCGUGUAAACCCGUUGGGUCCUUCGGCAUGAAGGUGCAACAGGUUUGCAAGAAAGAAAAGAGUGCGGUACCCUUUGUGAUUACGACCUGCGUGAGGGAGGUGGAGCGAAGGGGCAUCAACGAGGUGGGCAUCUACAGGGUCUCCGGGUCGGCUUCCGACCUCCAGAGGCUCAAGAGGACUUUUGAGAACGACCCCUAUGAAGCGGAGCAGCUGCUUAAGGAGGUGGACAUCAACAACGUAACGGGUUUGCUGAAGCUGUACCUACGUGAACUACCGGAGGCUCUCUUCACGGAUGGCCUCUACCCAAGGUUCUUCGAAGCAUUCAGCAAACAUGACCAAGAGGAGAAAAAGACCAUGCUGCUCAACUUGUUCAACAAACUGCCAGAAGUAAACCAGCAUGUCACCUUGUUUCUGAUCGACCACAUGGUCAAGAUCAACCAGAACGAGGCACAGAACAAGAUGUCCCUGCACAACUUGGCCACUGUGUUCGGGCCAUCCAUCAUUCGUCCGUGCAGCAAUGCGGCCAGCCAGAGCCCCAGCGACCUGCUCACCACCAGUACCGUGGACGUCAUGGCGCAGGCGGGCAUCCUCUACUUCUUCCUGCGCCGGAGAGCGGCGGGGUUUGCCCUGAGCAACUCGGAGGCCCGUGAAAUUGUCCAGGCCACGGACUGACGCACCCGCCUGCUUCCGUCGUGCAUCGUCCCUGCUAGAACCGCUUGAUAAUCUACGCUCGGAGUAUAGGCACUCCACCCCUUGAUUUUCUUGCGGGCUUAGUGCCCAGCUGGUGCAAUUGGCGAUCGCAACAAUUUGUAAAUCUGGCUUCCCGAGCUUGAAAUGCGUUGCUGAGAAGCCGAUGUGAUGUCGUUUUGCUCCAUCGUGGACUGUUUUAACGUUUCCGAAGGACGGAAAACCACCUCCUGCGAUUUCAGAUAAACUUCCGGACAACUGGUAACGACGAUUUUAUGCACCGAGGUGACUGAGGCGUCGUUACUCCAAAGCGUAGCUUAUUCGGCGGCUCCAGUCUCUACCUAGUCCAUUUUAAAUAUUUUUUGUCGUCGUCGUCGUCGUCCUAGGUUGUGUUUCUUCGCGUCUCCCUGCGUCUUGCCCGCGCUCUCUCUUCCGAAAUGAAAGGACAGAACCCCAUGCGCGUGGUUGUUUUUUUCCUCAUGGGUUUGUUCUUCUUUUCUUUUUAAAGCCAAAGGUCGGCUGAAGCUGCCGCUUUUGCUUGGCCAGCCCCGUGGACGGCCGAAGUCCGAUGCCAGCAUUUUAAGCGAAACGUGAGGACAUGUUCCUCUCACAUUUUAGAGAAGCCAAGGGGGGGAACUUCUGCAGUUGUACGAGCUCGUCUUCCGUCUUCUGCCAGUCUUCCGUAGCUUAAGGUCUCCCGGUCUCCCAUACCCUCGCAGUUGUGACCACAAGGAAUUGCUCGACAAAUUGUUUCUGAGAUGGCUUUUUUUUUUUUUUUUUUGACAGCGAUUGUUGUUUUAGUUUCUGACAAGGUGAGAAAGACUGGCAGGAGCUUCGGCUGUCCCGCCUCCAGCGCAAACACUCUGCCUUCAACUACGCUUCGGCGUCUGGUUCACCUAGCCGAUGCGCGGCGGAAGGCACAAAGCAUGUGCUGCAAGCCAGGCGUUCAAAAGACGCGCCCUGCCACUCUCAUUCUGUCCGCGACCGUAAUAUUUUAUUCUCCCGCGUUUAGUUCAUCUCCCUCGAGAGGCUAGGUUGGUGUAUGUACGAGAAUUUUUUUAACCCUAUUUCAUAUAAUUUGUCCAGACUUCUUAAAGAAUCGAGCAUUGACAUCGAUAGGACCAACAGUACAAAGAAAAAAGGCUGUUUUAGAAUGUUUGGGGGCCUUGAUACUACGCUCAUUAGAAAUAUUUGUUUUUAUGCCUCCGAAAGCGUCGGCGAAAGGUCCGAGCUCUCCUUUUGUGUUUACCAGCUUCUUAUUAGCGAGACUGUAAGGCUCGCACUGUGCCAGGAGCCUGCUCAUUUAAAAUCUUCCGGGUAUCGUUACAAAGUGUAUAAUGGCCAGGAAAGAAAGCCAAUCAUUACGUAUCCCUUUCGUUCGUGCCGUCUCGUGUAAAUAACCUUGAACGAGACCUUUGUGGUCUUUCUUUUCUUAAUUGUACAUUUUAUCGUUGUUUGUUGUAUGGGUGCCUCGUGCCCGCUCUUGUACAUCAUAUGCAAGUUUUUUAUGCGAGGAAAGCACGAAGUAGGCCUCUUGUUUUUCUGUCGCCCAUGGUUGUACCACUGCAGUCUGUAUGCCGGAUUGAAAUCUGCCAGUUUAGGGUGAAAUAGAGGUGCAGGAUGUGCAACCAUGGUAUAUGAUAUCUUAAGAACAACAAGAGAUUUUUGGUUUUUCUCUUGGAAGAUAUGCCACGCUAUGCAAAAAUGGGUGUGGGAAAUCUAAUGAUGGCUCAUUCAAAAGAUUUUGCUAAUACAUUCAUUUAGGGAGUAAUAGAUAAAGUUACUUCUACAAGCCUGUAUGCAGUUUGGAACAUGACACCAAAAUCUGAUAGAUAUAUUAUUAUUCUUGGAUUCCUUCUUUCUACAUGAUACAUAAAUUUCCUUUUUAAUUUUUUUGGGGGUAUUUUAUUGCGAUAGGUAUAUAAAAUAUUUUAUAUUUCACCUUCAAGCUUAACAAAGGACACUAAGAGUUGUUUGUCUUAUGUAGUUCAGUUUUAAUGUUUAUUUGUCUUUCCUUAAGGUUACAAGAACCUUAAUUACACAAAACAAUGUUUCAGCUCUGUCAGCAGGGAAUGCCAGCAAGGUAGCCAAUAAAAUCAGACUUUUUGUUUGUCACUAACAUCUCAGUGGCUUCAUAGAUGUUGAAAAUGUAUGCUAAGGAGUAUAUAAUAAACAGAUUAUUGUCUUUUUAUUGUAGGGCAUGAAAGAAGUAUGUCAGGCUAAUUUGUAAUUUAUGAGCUGUUACAGAGGCAGUAUCCAGGGUUAGAGACAAUGUGCGGUAUUUUAGUAUUUAAGUGCAGGGCAGGAAACUCAUCUACCAGCACAUUCUGAGCUUGGGCGAGAGCAGUUUCUUUAUUAUUAUUAUGUGUGUUGUUAUCGUAUGUUGCAUUCGUGUUCCCCGUUUUUUUAAGCACGUCUCACACAGUGUUCCUGCCAUCAAACAAACGGGAGUUCAUUUCAUUCCCAUGCAAGUUUUAUUAGCAGUUUGACAUUGUAGCCCUUAAACUCGUGUCACUGCCACAUGCCAAAUGUCAGAACUCUUUUAAUAUAUAUAUUUGUACCAGUGCGAUGAGGAAGUCUUUUGUAUUACCUCUUUAUUCACACUUCAUACAGAACUCGUUAGUGAUGACCGUCAUUUUUAACUGUAUUCCUCUCAUGCUUCUCGCAACAUGCCAUCGCCUACCUAAGGAGGGACCAGAAAAACGAGAAUUUGCUUUUGGAAUAUACUUAGCUUAGUGCUGCGUAGAGAGCUGUUAUUUUGCAUUCUAUGCCUGGGAAACAAUGCGUGUUGUUUGUGUCGAACUGUUUCAAGGGGCCAAAGUGCAAUUGCUCUCUUUUUUUUAAUAGAAAAUAGAAACAUGGAUUUCUUAGGUUACGCCAAAGGAAAGUAGAGCAAAUUCUCUCUACACCCUUCUAAAAGAAACCUAUUCAAAAUAGUAUAUAAAUUGGUACCAUUCAAUUCCGAGUUCUGUAGUCAUCAAUCUGUUUGGGGACAGCAGUGAACUCUGGCUAUUUUAAGGUGCAGAUUUAUUAUAUAAUGAUGGUAAAUUUUAACAUUUUUUUCAUUUAAUAAUUAUUGAUAGUUUCAUUAUUGCUUGUUAAUGAAGUUUCAGUUUGUAUUUUUUGACAUUUGAAGUCAGUAUUAAAACAAGGACUUCUUUUAGCAGAACAUUUUAGUAUUGCAAAAAUAAGGCAGGUAUGAGGUUUGUUAACCGACUGGAGAAUGUGAACAUAAAAAUGGUUGAUUUCCUUGUUUUUCUCUUCUAGCUGUCAGAACUAGCAUCGUCAUUUCAUUCAUUUUUGGGCUACAAAACAUAGGUACUAUAUCUUUAUGCUAGUUGUAGCAUUUUCCAAGUGUAACGAGACAUACGCAACAUUACAAAGCAAUGUUCUCGUGAAAGAACUGCAGUUUGCCAUUGCCUUUGCAAGCCACAAUGUUUCUGUACCUACUAAGCUUUUGGACAUACACUAACCGUUUUUACAGUUUACAAACUUUGAUUACGUGAGUGUUUGUGAUGUGGUUGGUCCGGUCUUGUACAUAGUGGAUGCAGGAGAAAACCUGAUGUGUAUAUUGUGUGGUGAUGGGACUUUGUACAUAUAUUCACAAUAAAGUUGGCAAACAUGACAUGACA